CACUUCAUGUUUUGGGACCAUAUUUUAUCAUAGCACAUGUGACAUUUCACGACCAACAAAUUACACAUCAUGCCUCCCAAAGACUCUACCAUCACGUCCUACUUUGGGCCCAAGCCGGAAUUUCGCCCCCAACAAAAACCAAUGAAGCCACCGAAAGGACGACUAAAAAAGCGACCAUGACACCAUCGUCUGAGCCAGAAGAUAAAGGCAAACGCAAGAGGGCGCUAUCAGGAUCCCCAGCACCAAUUCCUGAGAAGCGACAACAAACCAAACCCUCAGCCAAACCCACAACACCGCGCCACCUCUCGCACAAAGAUCUCCCCUCGAACAAGCUUUCCCAAUCCCCAAGCUCAUCUGAUCUACCUACUCUAUCCCUAACUUACCAUAUCGGCGACAUAUUCGACGCACCUCCACAAACUCUUCUAGUCCAUGCCUGCAACACCCAAGGCGUAUGGGGAUCAGGCAUAGCCAAAGCCUUCAAAGACGACUAUCCCAAAGCUCAUACCAUUUACAGAGAUUUCUGCACCAAGGAGCACCUCCUCAAGUCCAGACCCGUACCCACCGGUACCGCGCUUCUCAUCCCACCUGUGGACGGCGAGAAGCAGCAUUGGAUCGGUUGUUUAUUUACGAGUUCCAAGUAUGGCAAGGUUAAGGACAAGUCCGAUGUCAUUGUCGAGAACACGAAGCCCGCUAUGGAGAUGCUGUUUGAGCUGGUGAAGAUAGUGGAUGGGAUUGAAGUGAUUAGGAUGUGUAAGAUCAAUAGUGGGAAGUUUGGAGUGAAGUGGGAGAGGACGGAAGACGUGCUGGAAGGCAUUGUGUUGAGAGAGGGGUGGAUGGAGAGUGUCGAGGUUUGCGAACCGGAGAUGGGUUAAGAGACUGAGGGAGCACGAGAUAUGUGCAUGUGACGCAAGUUAAGCCAUAUCGAAUGUCAGCUCGAAGAAGGUUCAAUGUGGACACUCACUUGUACAUUUGACACUUCUCUUGUUCAAAUUGCAUACUACAGUUGUAAGCAAUGAAGCCCUAAUGCGGCCCACCUUCCAACAGCUCAGCGCCAUUCCCAUGAUAUAUA